AUGAGGUGAAAAUUUAGCCCGAGCAAAAAGAGGCUCGGGCAGUAUAGUAAUAGACCAAACAUUCUAAUGGUGAUUUGAUUAUAUGAAAAAGAGCCAGCAUUUCAAAAAUCUAGGAUUCUUAUGUUUAGACAUAUUAAGGAGGAUGACGAUAAACUUAUUGAAAAGACAGAAUAUCUUAUAGCUUACACCUCGUUUUGGAUCGGCCUUGAGCACUCCUCCCAAUGCCACCCACCCCCCCUACGGUUCCAAAUAUUUUAACAUAUUAAAUAUUAAUUUGACAAGCUAAAAUAUUUGAGGGAGACAUGUCAAAUAAUAUUUUAACAUUUAAAAUUUUCAGGACCGUCAGGGGUGGGUGACAUGGGGAGGAGGUACUUAAUGGUGAGCAACCACGAAGGGUGUGCUAUAUCAGAUUAUUAAUGUUUUGAAAAGUUUUAUCUAAUUAUGUGAAACUAUUGUAA